AUGGCGUGUUCGAAGAGAAGAAAGGUUGAUGAUGAAAAUCGCUCCUUCAAGGAAGAAUGGAUACAACAGUAUGCUUUCACUCUUCCUACAACCAGCUCUAAGCCAAUUUGCCUUAUAUGUAGCGAAACCGUUGCCUUAGUGAAGAGCAGUAAUCUUAAACGCCAUUAUGAAACUAAACACAGUGGAUUUGAAAAGAUGUAUCAGCAAGGAACUGAAGAGAGAAAAAAUAAAAUAAAUAAGCUAAAAUCGCAGUAUGAAAGAUCAACCAUUGUUCUUGCCAGUACCAUGACAGCCCAGGAGAGAGCAGUAGAGUGUUCAUUGAGGAUAGCUUGGAUCUUGGGAAAACACAAGAAACCCUUCGCUGACGCUGAAGUUGUGAAAGAAUGUAUGCUGGAAACUGUUGAUACAUUGUUUGAUGGUAGACAGAAGAAUGAAAUUAAAGAUAAAAUAAAGCAGAUUCCAUUAUCUGAUUCCACAUCAAUGAGGAGAACAGAACUAUUGGCUAAUGAUCUUAUGUUGCAACUUGAUUUAGGACUGAAAGAAGCACCAUGUAUCUCACUGGCUAUUGAUGAAUCAACAGACAGUACUGACCAUGCUCAACUCAUGGUUUUUGUUAGAUAUUAUGAUGCAAGGAAGAAAGAAUUUUGCCAGGACUUGUUGGGUGUGACUGAUCUCAAAGGAAGAACACGAGAAGAUAUCUAUGGAGCUUUGAAAGGCAUGUUAGAAUCAAGAAAUAUUGAUGUUAAAUCCAUAUUUUCACUGACUACAGAUGGAGCCCCAGCUAUGGUUGGGCGAGAGAAGGGACUAGUUGCAAGAUUAAAAGAAGAUAAUGCUGACAUGAUAACUUACCACUGCAUAAUCCACCAAUCAGUACUGUGUGCUAGUCUUGGAGAUGAAUAUAAAGAAGUCAUGGAGACUAUCAUGAAGCUAGUAAACUUCCUUCGGUCUACAUCGGCACUCCAACAUCGUCUACUCAGAACCUUUCUUACCGAGGUCAAUGCAAGCCAUGAUGAUUUACUAGUGCACAACAAUAAAAAAUUGGAUCUUUUCAAAACUGAUAUUCAAAGCCAACUUUUGCAUUUUCCCAGACUUUUGGAGCAACAUAAUGAUGAAACAGGUACUAACCAUGUUCAAUUUAUUGAGAACCUAAUCAAUAAUUUCAAGAAUGUAAAGCUGAAACAAAUACUCUGUGAUUGUUCACCAGAAACAUUUUGGUCAAAGGAAGGAUCCCCUGCUAAUUUCCCUACUCUUCAUAGACUAGCAGUGCAAAUUCUCACAAUGUUUGGCUCCACUUACACCUCUGGAACAUCUACUGCAGAACAAUUUGAUAUGAGAUUCUAUGUACAUAUUAAACAAAAUGUGGGAGACCUUUCAACAUGA